GGGUGGUGGUAGAGCUCCGCUCCGCCGCUCGGGGAGCCAGGCGGGCGGUUAAGCGAGCAUCUGCUGCCGUCGCCUCCGCCGCCGCCUCCUCCUGCCGCCCCCAGCCAUGGCCGACGUGGAGGACGGGGACGAGCCGGGUGUCUCGGCUCCUCACGCGGGUUUCUCGGGCUCGAAGUCGGGCGGCGUUGACAAGAUGUUCUCGCUGAAGAAGUGGAACGCCGUGGCCAUGUGGAGCUGGGACGUCGAGUGCGACACCUGCGCCAUCUGCCGGGUGCAGGUCAUGGAUGCCUGCCUUAGAUGUCAAGCUGAAAACAAACAAGAAGAUUGUGUUGUGGUCUGGGGAGAGUGUAAUCAUUCCUUCCACAACUGCUGCAUGUCACUGUGGGUGAAACAGAACAACCGCUGCCCCCUCUGCCAACAGGACUGGGUGGUUCAGAGAAUAGGCAAAUAAAAGCACUGGCAGUU